CUAAUGAGGUGUCACGGAUAGACGGCACUGAUAUGCGGCACUGAUAGGCGACACUGAUGAUGGGUACUGACUGGCGGCACUGUUGGGCACUGACUGGUGCACAGGUGGGCAGAACUUGUGGGUGGCACUGCUGGGCACCGAUCAUCAGGGCACUGAUGAUCAGUGACCCUGAUGACCGGUGCCGAUCCCUGCUCUAACAACUGCCGGUUCUCGGCAGUACUUUCCUCACGAUCUGACAGCGUGAGGAAAGUGCAGCCGAGAACCGGCACUUGCAUUUCCCUGUGAUCAGCG